AUCAUUAACAAAAUUAAACUUUUUGCGAGUAGUUGUUCCUUCAUGUAAUUUUACCAGUACACUAUAAUUUCUGUAUCUACUCGUCGAUUCAACUUUUGAAAGAAUGAUAAUAUAUUAAAUUUAAUAACAAUUUUUCGUUUUUUUUAAAUCCUGGGAAUUAUCUACCACUGGAUUUUUUUCAAAAUGAGAAGACCGUUAUCAACACGUGUACCUUCUUUGGGAGUUAUAUUAUUUUCACUUUUGAGCUCGUUUUUAUUGGUAUCGUCACAGAAUUCCACGAAAAAAAUUUGUGAAACGAAGGAAUGUUUAUCCGCAGCACAAAAUUUGAAAGAAUCAAUGGACCAUGGAGCAGAUCCCUGCGAAGAUUUCUACCAAUACGCUUGUGGAAAUUGGCCAAAUGUUCAUAAAAAUCCAAAUGACAGUGAAAUAACACUAAGUACAAUACAAUUGCGAAAGGGCGAAAAUACGGCAGAACUUGCUGAUUUUCUCAGACAGAAUAACACUAAAAACGAACCAGAGGCCGUCCACAAAGCUAGGAAAUUCUUUUGGCUGUGUUUAAACGAAGCUGCUUACAGCAAUAAACUGGAAAAGAUUGUGCCUCAGUUACAAGAAAUUGGUCUAUCACUAGUUCCUUUCAUUACUGAGGAAAUCACAAAUAAAACCUUCGAUUACACAACAGCUUUAGCAAAAGCAGCCAAAGUGACUGGAGUCAAUAUUUUUUUCGAUCUUACAAUAGAUUUGCAUCCUUUUAAUCUAACUCUAAAUAAAAUCGUAUUAAGUAACAUUAAGGAAGCAUCAGAUUCCACCAGCACGACUACGCCCUUGGCAAGUAAAGAAAAAAUUUCUGAAGCACAAUUUAUGAUUGAAGUAAUGCAAAGGAUGUGCGAAGUAAGUUCCUCACCGAGUGAUUGUACAAGAUGGAUUUCACCUGAGAAUGGGGCUAGAAAUACCACCAUCAAAAAAAUUCUCACACAACAAGACGACAUCAGACAGAUCAAUUCAGCACCUUCCAAACCGGUCUUACUCACAUUAAAAGAACUACAAAAUCUAACGGACAGUAUUGCACUUGAAGUAAAUACAACACUUCCUAAGUGGAACUGGACGAGAUACUUGGAGGAAACGUUUGCUGGUUUGAACUUCGUUAAAUUGAAUCUCAGUGAUCCGGCCAAAAUUAAAAUUUCAAGUUCGGAUUCCAUCGAGAAAAUAAUACGAUAUAUUUACGAAAAAAACAACUUAAAACUCAUUGAACUCGGAAUUUGGUGGAAAGUUGUUUCUGAACUUUUACCCUACAUUGAUUUGUCAAUUUGCGAUAUAAAAAAUAAACUCAACAGUCUCGAAGUUUCUCCAACAAGAGAAAACAGUUGCAUUCAGAAAACCAGGUUAGCAUUUAGUUUAGCAGUUAGUUACUCGUACACGACGAAGCAAAAAUACAUCAAAGCCAAGACUGACAUUAGUAGAAUGUUCCAACACAUUCGAGAAAGCUUACACCAAAUAAUAAAGGAAACAACGUGGAUGGAUGAAAAAACCAGACAAAGAGCGCUGAGAAAAGUAGAGUUGAUGAAGUCAUAUCUAGUAUAUCCGAGUGCACUCAAGGACACAAACUUACUGAAUGAUUUAUACAAAGACAUAAAAAUAUCCAACAAUUUCUACGAUUCGAUAAUUUCAAUCAAUCAGAAUGAGCAAAAAAAAUAUUAUCCAAGCAUCCAAAAUAAAACAAAUGAUCUGAACGAGAUUUCAACUGAUCCCAGUGAAGUGAAUGCUUUCUAUGAAUUUAGAACAAAUACCAUGAUCAUUCCAGCCGGUAUACUUGGAUUAUCAUACUACAACAAUAGUCUACGAGCUUUGGAUUAUGGAGGAAUAGGUUCAGUCAUAGGUCAUGAAAUAACUCAUGGAUUUGACAAUAAAGGGCGACGUUACAAUGAGACAGGUGAUGCAGAAGAUUGGUGGCAAAAUGACACUGUGAGUUCAUACAAAGAGAAAGGCCAAUGUUUCGUCCAUGCUUAUGGCAAUUAUAGUUCAAACUUUGGCAAUAUUACUCAAACGACUGACAGCGUAAAUUCGUUAGGAGAGAAUAUCGCGGAUAACGGGGGAUUCAAAGAAUCACUUUUGGCUUACAGAAGAGGUGUGGCUGAAUAUGGAGAGGAACCGAUUCUUCCUCACUUUGAAAACUUUACUCAUGAACAGCUCCUCACACUAGCACUUGCCAAUUUGCAUUGUGAAAAUCCAACCAAACUUUCUGCGGAGAAGAGUCGAAUCAACGUGCAUAGCCCGAAACCACUUCGUGUGAAUGUAGUAUUCCAAAACUCCAAAGAGUUCGCUGACAUUUGGAAAUGUCCGAAAGGUAGCAAAAUGAACCCAAACAAAGAGAAAUGUUCUAUUUGGUGAUUUUCCAACAGGAUUUCCGUCCAAGUGGAUGCGAUACAACACAACUUUAAAAUUAUUCAGCAAUUUACUGUUCGCCUAAUUUGAAAAUAAAACGUAACGGUACUUAA